AUGAAGGUCAAGAUUGGUGACGAAUGCCGCAAGCUGACCGGCGGCAUUGGUGUUGACGUAGUAUUCGACUGUGCUGGUACCCCCGCGGGCCUCGAUGCUGGCAUGGACGCUCUCCGGACGAGAGGGACCUACGUGAACGUAGCUGGGUGGGAGAAGCCUAUGAUCAUCCCACAGCACUACGCCAUGAUGAAAGAGCUGACGAUCAAGUUCUCGUUCGCUUAUGACAGCAAAGACUUCCAAGCGGUCGUGGAUGACUUUAUUGCCGGGAAAGUUUCAUGGUGUCGAGAAGAUGAUCACUAG